AUGAAGAUAGUUUCCUCAAUCAACAGAUAUUGGUUAGGUGCAUGGCCGUGUGACGCGCCACUGUUGACGUUCGGCCGGCGCGGGGUACGUCGGUGCGUCGCUCGACGUCACUAUAACUGGCCCGCGCCAGCGGAGAAACGACCCGACUAUUUGUUGCCCACUAUAACACUAGUGAUACGCAAGCGGCGUUACGGAGCAUCUUGCGGCUGCCCGGCGGCCAUGUUGGCACCGCCAUUUUGCCGGGGGUCGAAUGGGGGUGAACCGCAUGCGUACGCCGGUGCCACAGUUGGCAACACAAAAGCAGUAUUCCCAAGUUUCUAA